UUGACGUUUCGACCGUACAAGCGGAGGCAUCAUCUCUGGCGGACCGACAGCGGGUGUGGUUCGGACUUUUACGGGUGGUUCACCUAGCAGCGCUUUUCCCGUUUCCAGCCAAGAGAGAGGAGCUAAUUGUCCGAAAAAGAAACACGGAGGAGCCCCUAGAUUCUGUCUUUGAAGCUGUGCGGGCUGAGGUCAAGCAACAACUAUGGCUACCCAGUCUGAUUUGAUGGAGCUGGAUAUGGCAAUGGGGGACAGCAAGGCUGCAGUUAGCCAGUGGCAGCAGCAGUCCUACCUGGACUCAGGCAUCCAGUCUGGAGUCACCACCACGGCACCAUCCCUGAGUGGCAAGGGAAACCCUGAUGCUGAUGAGGAUGACCCAGGACUCUAUGACUGGGAGUUCAACCAGCCUUUCACUCCUGAGACUGCAGACAUGGAGGGUUAUGCUAUGACCCGGGCCCAGCGUGUACGGGCUGCCAUGUUUCCAGAGACCUUGGAGGAGGGCAUUCAGAUCCCACCCACCCAGUUGGAUACUGCUCACCCCACAGCAGUGCAGCGCUUGGCAGAGCCUUCUCAGAUGCUUAAGCAUGCCGUUGUCAACCUCAUAAACUACCAAGAUGAUGCUGAGCUUGCCACACGUGCCAUCCCUGAGCUCACCAAGCUGCUCAAUGACGAGGAUCAGGUUGUGGUGAACAAAGCAGCUGUGAUGGUGCACCAGCUGUCCAAGAAGGAGGCAUCGCGCCAUGCCCUGAUGCGCUCGCCCCAGAUGGUUUCAGCAGUGGUUCGUGCCAUGCAGAACACUGGUGAUGUAGAGACUGCUCGCUGCUCCGCUGGCACCUUGCACAACCUCUCCCACCACCGUGAGGGGCUACUAGCCAUCUUCAAGUCUGGGGGCAUCCCUGCCCUGGUCAAGAUGCUUGGUUCACCAGUGGACAGUGUGCUGUUCUAUGCCAUCACCACCCUCCACAACCUUUUGCUGCACCAGGAGGGGGCUAAGAUGGCAGUCCGUCUGGCUGGGGGACUGCAGAAGAUGGUGGCCCUUUUGGCUAAUACCAAUGUCAAGUUCCUGGCUAUCACCACCGACUGCCUGCAGAUCCUGGCUUAUGGCAACCAGGAGAGCAAGCUGAUCAUCUUGGCCAGCGGUGGUCCCCAGGCCCUGGUCAACAUCAUGAGGACCUUCACCUAUGAAAAGUUGCUGUGGACCACUAGUCGAGUGCUCAAAGUCCUCUCUGUUUGUUCCAGCAAUAAGCCUGCCAUUGUAGAGGCUGGGGGUAUGCAGGCCCUGGGGCUCCACCUGACAGACCCCAGCCAACGUCUGGUUCAGAACUGCCUUUGGACCCUCAGGAACCUGUCAGAUGCCGCCACCAAACAGGAGGGAAUGGAGGGUUUAUUGGGGACCCUGGUCCAGCUGCUGGGCAGUGAUGACAUCAAUGUUGUGACGUGUGCUGCCGGCAUCCUUUCCAACCUGACCUGCAACAACUACAGCAACAAGCUCAUGGUCUGCCAGGUGGGAGGCAUCGAGGCUCUGGUGCGUACAGUGCUACGGGCCGGUGACAGAGAGGACAUCACAGAGCCAGCAGUCUGUGCCCUGCGUCACCUGACCUCUCGCCACCAGGAUGCUGAAAUGGCCCAGAAUGCUGUGCGUCUUCACUACGGCCUACCUGUGGUGGUCAAGCUGCUGCAUCCACCCUCCCACUGGCCACUCAUUAAGGCUACAGUCGGUCUGAUCCGCAAUCUGGCUCUUUGCCCGGCCAACCACAGUGCUCUGCGAGAGCAGGGAGCCAUCCCCCGAUUGGUACAACUGCUGGUCAGGGCCCAUCAGGACACCCAGAGGCGCACCAGCAUGGGAGGCAACCAGCAGCAAUUUGUGGAGGGUGUGCGCAUGGAGGAGAUAGUGGAAGGCUGCACAGGAGCUCUGCACAUCCUGGCCCGGGACGUUCACAACAGAAUUGUCAUCAGAGGACUAAACACCAUUCCACUAUUUGUCCAGUUGCUUUAUUCUCCAGUGGAGAACAUCCAGCGUGUGGCAGCAGGCGUGCUGUGUGAGCUUGCUCAGGACAAGGAGGCUGCUGAGGCGAUAGAAGCUGAGGGAGCCACCGCACCACUCACUGAACUGCUUCACUCCCGUAAUGAGGGAGUCGCAACUUAUGCAGCAGCUGUGCUGUUCCGCAUGUCUGAGGAUAAACCCCAGGACUAUAAGAAACGCUUGUCAGUGGAGCUGACCAGCUCUCUGUUCAGAACUGAGCCCAUGGCCUGGAAUGAGACUGGGGACCUGGGGCUAGAUAUUGGAACUCCAGGAGACCCUCUGGCCUACAGACAGGACGACGGUGCCUACCGUGCCUACCCACCAGGCUAUGGCCAGGACUCCCUACUGGACCCCAUGAUGGAAGGGGCUGACUACCACGCUGACACUCUGCCCGACCUGGGGCACCACACUGACCCGCUACCUGACCUAGGCCACACCCAGGACCUGAUGGACAGCAGCCAGCUGGCCUGGUUUGACACUGAUUUGUAGGAUAGCUGUAUUCCUGAUAGAACCUGCAUUGUGAUUGGCCUGUAUCUUCUGAAGCAGCAUUAUGAUUGGCCCGUAGAGUUGUAGAAGGUAUAGGGAGGAUUAGGGGAUCUUGGAAAGUGCCUGACACAUGAAUACAUGGGGAGAUGGUUACCACGGGAAUGAAAUAGCAUGUCAGAAAGGGGGGGGGGUAAGGGAAGGGUUAAUGUAAAGCAUCAGUAAGAGGUGUGGAAACACACAAUGGAGGUCUUUGAGUGGGUUGCCUAAUUGGAAGAGUGCACAUGAGGUGGAUCCUAAAGAUGGAAUCACAGAUAUGUUUUAGCCUUGCCUGUAUUCUUAACUUUUUUUUGUUUUCCAUUUUUUCUUAUUCUAUUUUAUAUUUCUUUUUGUAUUACUCAUUCUCUUUAUGGUACUGACCCAGCUUGCCUUGGCACUAGCCAUCUUCUUUUUCUCUUCAAUUGCCAAUCAUUUGUAAUUUUUUUUUAAAAACGUAUGUUAUAUGUAGUGUUAAGUUAUAGUGGUAUUAUACAAUGUUCCUUUGAUUUAUGGCCGAAUGUGUAGAACACUAAUAAUCAAUUGAAUCGUACUCUGACUUAAAGUGUAACAUUGUGUAGUUUUUUUUAUAAUCUCAGAAAUGGAGGAUUAUGCAUUCUUAAUAUGUGCUUAUUAAAGCAUAAUAAAAAUGUCAGUGUCACAAAUGUUCUGAAUGGGGACAUGGGUGAAAUUGAGGGUGGGUUUGGGAUAAAUCUAGAGACAAGUGUUUUAUAUACAGUAUCACUGGUAGGUUAACAACUAUUUUGUAUGCCAUCAUUGGAUGUCUGGUAGAAAAGUAUUUAGGCUAUCAUUGGUGGUCUAAUAAAACCAGAGGUGUGGACUCGAGUCACAUGACCUGGACUUGAGUCAGACUCGAGUUGCAAAUUUGACUUUAGACUUGACAAAACUGAAAAAGACUUGCAACUCGACUGACUUUAACACCAAUUACUCAUGACUUGACUUGGACUUUAGCCUUUUGAUUUGAAAGACUCUACCUUCUCCAAACCCAGAGACAAAAGUGCUUUUAAAAAGUGUAUGGCCAAUAAACUAUUUCCAUAAUUACAGAUCCACUUUGAAUCAACCCUUGAUAAAUAAAAAGCAUUAAUAAUUUGCAUACUUUUGGUGUAUUGAAUUACUUCGUUGGGAAUUUUGAAAUGGCAUUUAUUUUGAUGAAGAGUACAUAAUGUCUUGUUUAAGACUUGAAACUCAAAGUUAAGGUCUUGGAACUUGUAAAUCUGGACUUGGGGCUUGACUUGGCACUUGUCUGUUUUGACUUGACACUUGGGACUUGAGUGCCAAGACUUGUGACUUGGGGGGGCAAUGACUCGGUCCCACCUCUGAAUAAAACCAAGUUUUAUGUGCUAUCAUUGGUAGCCCGGUUGAACCAGUUGUAGUCCUGCUGUGCUUAUUUUGGAGACAAGGUUAUGACACGGCUGAAAAAUAAAGUGGCAUUUUAUUUCA